ACUAGUUUUUCCACUGUAUGCCUCCUAGAAUUAUGACAAAUGAUCUAGCUUAGGUACUUGUAUCAUUAUGGUGAUCCAAAGCAAGAUCAGGAAGUUAAUCAUCAUUAGCUGGUCUGCUAAUCACAUGUUCUUCUGUAUGUUCUUUCUCUACUCUUUCUUGUUAUGCACUUGUUUUCUGUGUUGCAUUGCUAAAGAUACCAUGACAAUUGGCAGCUUGAUUAGUGAUGAUCAAGGUGAUACUAUAGUUUCAUCAAGAGAGAAAUUCGAACUCGGGUUUUUCACUCCUAAUGGAAGCUCUGAGAGUAGAAGAUAUGUUGGAAUAUGGUACUAUGGAUCGAAUCCGAAAACAGUUGUGUGGGUUGCCAAUAGGGACAAGCCGCUUUCAGAUGCUCAUGGUGUUUUUGGUAUUGCAGAAGAUGGAAACCUUAAGGUUUUGGAUGGCGGCGGUAAAAUGUACUGGUCUACAAGUCUUGAGAGAUCAUCUUCAGACAGGGCUGCGAAGCUCAUGGACUCUGGGAAUCUUGUUGUUGUGAGCAAUGAAGAUCAAGGGAGAAUUCUUUGGCAGAGUUUCGAAAAUCCAACCGACACAUUUCUUCCUGGCAUGAAAAUGAAUGAAAAUUUAGUACUUACUUCAUGGACAAGUAAUGUUGAUCCUGCAACCGGGAAUUUCACAUUUCAGCAGGAUAAAGAGGGAACGAACCAAUUUGUUAUCUGGAAAAGAUCGGUGAGGUACUGGAAAAGCGAAGUUUCUGGAAAUUUCAUUAGUUCAGAUGAGAUGGCUCCUGCAGUUCUUUACAUGCUAUCAAAUUUCACCUCUAACCCGGUCCGUAAUGACUUUUUGCCACAUCUCACGCCAUCUCUGUACAAUGCUACGAGAGUAGUUAUGAGUUCUUCGGGCCAAAUUCGGUAUCUGUUGUGGGAUUAUGAGAAGGUUUGGUCUUUGAUCUGGUCAGAUCCUAGAGAUGGUUGCAGCGUGUACAAUACAUGCGGUAAUUUUGGGAGUUGCAAUAGCCAAAAUGGUUUGGUUUGCAAGUGCUUACCUGGUUUUAAGCCUACUUCGCCGGAUAAUUGGAACAAUGGAGAUUAUUCAGCUGGUUGUGUCAGGAAAUCAACAAUUUGCGGCAACAAUGCUGUGAGUGACACGUUCUUGAGUUUAAAGAUGAUGAAGGUGGGAAACCCCGAUUCGCAAUUUAAUGCCAAAAGUGAGAUGGAAUGCAAAACAGAGUGCCUUAACAACUGCCAGUGCCAAGCUUAUUCAUAUGAGGAGGUUGACAUCACACGAAAGGGUGGGAGUAGUGGUUCUACAUGCUGGAUUUGGUCAGAGGAUGUUAGAAAUCUUCAGGAGGAGUAUGACAGUGGCCAGAACCUCCAGGUUCGUGUGGCAGUUUCGGAUAUAGAAUCAACAUCAAGGAAUUGCGAAACUUGUGGUACAAACCUGAUCCCUUAUCCCCUGAGCACUGGACCAAAAUGUGGUGAUCUUGCGUACUAUAGUUUUAAAUGCAACACCGCCGUGGGCCAGGUUAGCUUUGAGGCACCCAGUGGCACCUACAAAGUCACAAGCAUCAAUCCGGCUACACGAAAAUUUGUCAUCCAAGCCAAAAAUGCAGAUAACUGCAGAAAUCAAAAUUUCCUACAGCUCAAUCAAUCAUCUCCCUUUCAUGUGAUCAACAAGUGCAAUGCUGAAUCGUCCGAAUUAAGUUCUGAUUUCUCAUUUAAAGGAGGACAUGAAGUUCAAAUUUCUUGGGAUCCACCAUUAGAACCACUUUGUUCUUCAUAUACUGACUGCAAGGACUGGCCCCGGUCUACUUGUAACACUACCAAAGAGGGGAUGAAAAGGUGCCUCUGCACUGCGAACUCUAAAUGGGAUAGCUUGAGCUUGAAUUGUACUCAAGAAGUUGGUAACGGUAAGAAAAUUGGUGAGCAACGAAAAAAGACCUUGGCUCUAAUAGUUGUAGUAUCUUUUAUAAGUGUAGCUGUUCUGGGUAUUCUCUCAAGUACCUUCAUUUAUGCUUACUUAUGGAGAAGAAGACAGGUCAAGCGACAAGAAAGCAGGGAAAGCGUUCAAAAGAAUUCGGUGCUUCACUUUUAUGACAGUGGGAGAAAAGUUAAAAGUUUUAUCGAAUCAGGCCGAUCUAAAGAUGAUGAUACAGAAGGCUUUGAUGUACCAUUUUUUGAUUUGGAAAGCAUACUGGUUGCUACAAAUUACUUCUCCAAUGCGAACAAACUUGGACAAGGCGGCUUUGGCCCUGUUUACAAGGGUAAUCUUCCCGGGGGACAAGAAAUCGCGGUCAAGAGGCUCUCAAGAUGUUCGGGACAAGGCUUAGAGGAAUUCAAGAAUGAGGUUUUGUUGAUUGCCAAACUCCAACAUCGAAACCUGGUUCAACUUUUGGGCUAUUGUGUCGAGGGAGAUGAAAAGAUGUUAGUCUAUGAAUAUAUGGCUAACAAAAGCUUGGACUCAUUCAUAUUUGAUCGAAAACUAUGUGUGUCGUUAAACUGGGAUAUGCGCUUCAAUAUCAUUUUGGGAAUUGCUCGGGGUCUGCUUUAUCUUCACCAAGAUUCUAGGUUAAGGAUUAUUCAUAGAGACCUGAAAACCAGCAACAUUCUUCUGGGCGAGGAGAUGAAUCCCAAAAUCUCCGACUUUGGUUUGGCUAGGAUCUUCGGAGGCAACGAAACUUCAGCAAACACCAACAGAGUAGUUGGAACAUAUGGCUAUAUGUCUCCAGAGUAUGCAUUAGAUGGAUUAUUUUCAGUAAAAUCCGAUGUUUUCAGCUUCGGUGUAGUUGUAAUUGAGGUCAUCAGUGGGAAAAGGAACACCGGGUUUUUUCAGCAGGAAAAAUCUUUGAGUCUUCUAGGCUAUGCAUGGCACUUGUGGAAAGAAGAGAAGGCAUUGGAUUUACUCGAGCAGACACUGCAUCAAAGCUGCAACCAGGACGAGUACUUAAAAUGUGUCAACGUAGGGCUCUUAUGCGUACAAGAAGACCCGGGUGAUCGCCCAACCAUGUCACAAGUAGUUUUCAUGCUAGGCAGUGAAACUGCAACGAUUCCAAUCCCUAAACAACCUGCCUUUAUUGUUAGGCGGUGCCCUUCUAGAAGUAGCCCACCUUCUUCCUCAAGCAAACCAGAAACAUUUUCUAACAAUGAGUUAACCAUCACUUUAGAAGAUGGUCGGUAGCCAAAGCAGUUUCUGUGCGUCUUCUCUUUAUCUUACGUUGUUAUCAUGUUAUGACGAGUGCAUCAACAUUGGAAUUCAUGAUGUUUUUCUAUUUGCAUUCUUUGCUUAUAAUCCGGUUAUGUGUAUGUUGUCUGUGCUGUAAUAUCUAUAAAUUACAGCAAUAACUUUUGGAGCUCCCAAACAUUUUGUGAUCUCAGAUGUGUCGAUAUAAAUAGCAGCGACUCAUUAUUUCAA